CAUGUUUUAGAGUAGAUUGUUUCAUGAGAGGAGAGCUGGUAGAGGGUGGCAAGGGUGGUGAAUGGCGUGUACGGCCGCUGCUAGAGCCGGAUCUGUUGCGUUUACUGGAUAACGUUCUGGAAAGAAACGAGCCCGAGGUUUCUUUGGUUGAGACGGGGGAGAGUGGGGGUGGUGUUCCGAUUGGUGUUCCAAGUGGUGAAUUUGUUGCUGUGCUAGAGACGUCUGUGCCAUUGUCGUUAGCUGGGCGGUUAGAAGAUGUAUUGCGUCCCAGAACUGAACGCUUUUCAGGCAUGUCUGGAACAUUUGUUGAGCCGGAGAUAUGAAGGCGUUGGAGAUGGCCCGAGAGAGAUCGGUGAAGAGCCGAUGGCUUGCUCGGCGAGGACAUUAGGGUUCUAGAAUCGGUGGCUUUAUGUGUGAGGGGUAGGGGGGACGAGUUGGAGAGGGUUAGAGAGGGGAGAGGAAGGUGAGAUGAGGCAGUGGAGGUUCGUUUCUUUUCUUCUUUUUCUUUUGGUUCUAAAGUGACAGCGUAGAUAGGAGGAGUUUCCUAAUGAGAGGAGUUGUUGUCAAGAAUGUAUGUGUGUGUAUAUGUUUUUUGUUUUUGUUUUAAGACUUUGGUGAAUGCAAGUAUGAUAAAGAGGGGGGG